GUGGCAGGAAGCUGGUGUUUGGUCGAAUUCAUCACUCUUAUAGUCGCGUGGGGUGUUCACAAUCAAAAUUAACAAAGUAAAAAACAAACAAAACACCAAGAUGUCUGUUGAUCCAAUGACCUAUGAGGCCCAGUUCUUUGGCUUUACACCACAGACUUGCAUGCUUAGGAUCUACAUUGCGUUUCAAGACUACCUGUUUGAGGUGAUGCAGGAUGUUGAACAGGUUAUUCUAAAGAAGCUGGAUGGCAUCCCAGACUGUGAGAUUAGCCCAGUCCAGAUUCGCAAGUACACAGAAAAGUUUAUUUGCUUCAUGAAAGGAUGUUUUGAUAACCUUUUUGGCAAAAUGGAGCAGCUCUUCUUACAGUUGAUUUUGCGGAUUCCCCCAAACGUCUUGCUUCCAGAAGAUAAAUCUCAGGAGACACAUUCUUACAAUGAGGAAGAAUUCCACUUUCUCCAAAAAGAAAUUGAACAAUUACAGAAGAAGUAUAAGACUGAAUUGUGCACUAAGCAGGCCCUUCUUGCAGAAUUAGAAGAGCAAAAAAUCAUUCAGGCCGAACUCAAACAGACAUUGUCUCUGUUUGAUGAACUUGAAAAUGUUGGCAGAGACCAUGGGGCUAGUGAUUUUAGGGAGGGCUUGGUGUUCCUGAUCCAGAACUCUGGAAAACUCCGGAAUAUCAGAAAGAAUGUGGAAAAGGAAAGCAAACGAUUGAAAAUAUCUUGA